AUGGCGGCUGGGCGGAGGCCGAGCGGGCUUGCGCAUCCCACGGCACUCUCCGCUCUCUCCUCUCAGUCUCCCUCCGUUCUCCUCUCCCUCCCAAGCCCGUCGUCGUUCGCCCCGUCCCCCUCGUCGCCCCCCUCGCCCCCCUCGCCCCCGAACGGACCGUCGCUCUCGCUGCGCACGCUCACUCCGCCACAGCCAAGUCAGACUCUCAUUUCUACGCCUGACGCAAUCGCCGCAGCCAGCCUCAAGAUCAUGGAUCCCUUCGGCGGCGUUCAGCAAUACUGGGAUCUCUCCCAGCAGCCAAAUGCAUUUUCCGCCCUUCCCGACGACGAUUUCCUUGCUUUCCUCGAGAAACAAUUUCCCACCUCCGUAGGCAAUGUUAACAUCAAUAUGGGCGGGUUCGACGGUGUUCCCGACGUCGUCGACCCUCAAACCCUCACACGUAUCCCGAUACCCAACCCCACCCCUCCCUCCAGCGAUAGCAGCCCCAGCCCGCCCAGCAUGAACAAUGACCGCAGCCCAUCCCGGCGGCAAUCAGGAGUCUUUAGUGGUUCGACCUCGACAACCGCAGACGGUGAAGAGUUGGGUCUCAAGCGCAAGGCCAGCAGCGAGAGCAUCGGCGAUGAGCCGACGCACAAGAGCCAACACACUAGUGGUAGCGUUGGUGCAGCCAAUGCCAAUGGAAACAAAAAGGUAACCAGUUCGCGCCGCAAGUCAACAGGCAAUCCGUCCCAAGACGAGACGCGCCUUCUCAAGCGCAAGGAGCAGAAUCGAGCCGCUCAACGAGCUUUCCGUGAGCGCAAAGAGAAGCAUGUCAAAGACCUGGAGGACAAGGUCGCUGCCCUCGAAGCCAAGAACCAAAUGACCGAAUCUGAGAAUGAAAAUCUCCGUGAUCUGUUGUCCCGUCUCCAGAACGAAAACAUGAUGCUGAAGCAGGCGGCCUUCACCUUCUCAGUCCCCCGAGACAAUGCUCCAAACCUGGCAAAUGGCAGUCCAGCAUCAAGCUCAUUCAGUUCUUCGUUCAACUUCGCUUCACCUGGUGCUGGCCCCAGUCGAUCGCCAUUGUCGCCACCACAGCCACAUCCUGCUCUUAAUUUCAACUCGUUGAUAGCAUUUGACCCUAACUCACUUAACAUGGCAGACGAGCCUUCGACGGCGGACAAUGCGAUGAACGUGGAGUACGGCUUUGGACAGCCCCAUCAAUACAAGACCAUUGCCGCUAAUCCCAUGUUUAUGUCCUUCGCCGAGCCAUCUCCAUAUGAUUCUCCUGCUGCAUCCGCGCACAGUAACAGCCAUUCACAAGGUUCAAAUUACUUCAAUAGUUUUGACAUGUCUCCAUUUGAUCAAUGGUCGCCACCGGAAUCGAACGGUUUAGACCAAUUAUUUGGCGGAAAUUUCCUCGGUAACCAGAAUGGUGUUGAUUUCAACGCGCUGCUCAAGAGUCCUCCCAGUUCAAUCAGUCCCGUAUCACAUGCGAGCUUCCGCUCACCGUCCUCAUCGUCGCCCUCGUCGUCGGCAGACGCGACACCCGGGUCGAACGAGCAUGAAAAUUGUCCGAAGACGAAAGAGGAGCUAGCCAAGCACAUCGUCACCCAAGGUGCCUCGUCAUUUGCCUCAUGCGAGAUGCCCAUUACACCGUUUCUGCGCAAGGCUGUCGCAGACGAGACGGGUGGUGCAAUGAUUAUGUGUAAAGGUAGCUCUUUCCCGCCUACGGAGAAGAGCGAUAAGAAUGUGGAGGUGCUUACUGCAUGGCGAAGCAUCACCAGCAAUCCACAAUUCAAAGAUCUAGAUAUCAACGAGUUGUGUUCAGAGUUUACGAGCAAGGCGCGGUGUGACGGCACAAAGGUCGUGCUCGAGCCGCAGGGCGUGCACCAUAUCAUCGAGACGCUCGCGGCAAAACGCCAACAGCAGGCGAAGCAGUAG